CUGGCUCUGUGCAGCGCCGCUGCCGGCCAACUCUCGCAGCCGCAGCUCAACAGCUGGCGGCAGCCCUCUUUUGGGUAUCCCGAAACGACGGACGGCAACGUGGGCACCUUCAAGUCGGUCGACCUGAGCCGGGCACGCUUCUCGCUGCUGUUCAACAACUACGACAACUAUGCCGGCUUGUACAUCCAGUCGUCGUCGGCCAACUUCAUCACCGACUACAACGUCGACGCCGUCAUAGGGAACACGGACCCCGUCGUCGGCCGCGUGUGCGGCGCCACGUCCAACUUCACCCUCAUAACCUUCACGGACCCGGCCACGGGCAACCCGUGGAUCCGCACCGCCACCAUGUUCGUCAACGUGAUCAACACGCUAGGCUCUAACAGCAACGCCAUCGUCAACGAGAUCUACCCCAUUUACCAGGGCGACUCCAUCUUCGACCCGGGCAACACGGUGCCGUGCCCGCCCGAC